ACUUGUCAAAUGACCAAUAGCGAUCAUUAGGGAAGAAAUUAUUGCUGCGGUUGAAAAAUUAAAGUUUAUAAACUAUAGCAUUUCAAUACGUGUAAAUUUGAGUCCAUUAGAAUAUAGAGCAUGCGAUAAUAUUUUUUAGAAGCCAAAUAGAAAUUCAAAAUGGGUGACAGAGACCUUUCUAUGGGCCCUCGGAAAGGUGUAACCUAUCCAAUAAAGGUUCAGUAUUGUGGUAAUUGUUCUAUGCCGAUAGAAUAUUGUGAAUACUACCCAGAAUAUGAUAAAUGCAAACAAUGGCUUGAAAAAAACCUGCCCACGGAAUUUGAGAAAGUGAAAAUUGAUGAAGAAGAAAAUGCCGGCGGUGAAGAAGAAAAGAAGCGACAAAAGCGUGGUGGAAAAGGCAUGUUGAAGUCAAAGAAAAAGGAAGAUGUCCCCAAGCUAGUGCAAGUAUCUAGGGCCCCUCGAGGCAAGAAGAAAUCUGUCACUGUGGUCUCUGGUCUGAGUACUUUUGAUAUUGAUUUGAAGGUGGCUGCCAAAUUCUUUGGCACAAAGUUUGCUUGUGGCUCUUCUGUUACUGGGGAUGAUGAAAUUGUAAUCCAAGGAGAUGUGAAAGAUGAUCUCUUUGAUAUUAUACCCGAAAAAUGGCCUGAGAUUGAUGAAGAUAGUAUUGAAGACUUGGGAGAUCAAAAAAGAUAGUCACAACUUUAGAGAAUUGAUAUUAACUGAUGUUGCUUUUUUACUUAAUAAUUUUGCUGUCUGGUCAGUGUUUAAGUCUCCACCUUUUUUUACUUCUAUUGGGUUUUUCCCUUCACAAUAAAAAGAAAACCAUUGAAGAAGAUAAUUCUUCAAGUAAAAAUAUUAAGGAUUAAAGCAUUAUGUCAACAUUUUCUUAUUUAUAUUAUGGUCUUCAUAAUUUGAAUAAAGAUGUGGAAAGAU